AGGUUGCCUGCCACGUUACACUUAGCUGUAAAAAUAUACAAAAAGAUAAGGUUAAAAUUCAAAUGGUAAAAUUUAAAAUUGAAAAAACGCCAGUUUUGUGAUUUUUACUCCCAUAAUGACGAAAACAUCCCGGAGUGCUGAUUUCCGUAACGGAAGGUUAAGUAGUAAUUAUCGUCUACUCAGUGGGUAAUUAAUGUUAUUAAUUAAUCUUUUCUUCAGUCAAAGUAGAACCCCAUGUGUCUUCUCACGUGACCAGAAUCCCAAAUUCCAAGAUUAAAUUUUAAUUUUUUUCCUGCUGCUGAGUCAGCUCCGGGCCCCACACCUGAGCUUUCCCUUUCCUCCCCUCCCAUUGGAUCUCCAUUUCUUACCGGGCCCAACCCGCCACGUGUCACUCGCCCCCCUGCCCGAAUUAUGCGGCGCCUCGUAAAAUAUCUCGGAGCCUCGCCGGGCUCUCUCCCGGUGGGUCCUGGCUCCACCCCAUUCGUGUUUUAAAAUUUAAAAAAAAAAAAAAAUCUUUAAAGCAAAAUUCAACCAAAACAUAAAUUGUAAAUUGUAAAUUUUAUUUUUGGGAAAAAGAAAAAGAUUUUGGAAAUUUAAAGAUGGCUCUUAAACCGGGUUUGCCGAUUACGGCUGUUGGGAUCCUAUAAAGUAGGUAGUUUUGGUAUCCAGCGGAACUGUGCUUCUUUCUCUCUGCGCCUAUUAUCUCUCUCUACCUCCUCACUCUCACUCCACACUCUCUCUCUCUAGCUCCCUCAUUUCUCACUAAACCCACCACCACUCUCAGAGACUCUCAGUUUUUGCUUCUUGCUUUUAAAGGCCCGAUUCCGAUUCCCUUUCCCUUUCCGGUUAAAGCUUUGCUCCACUCACCCCCCCAUCCCUCCUUUUGGCUUUCAAAGCUUCGCUUUUUUUCCCCUUCAAAAAUUUGCCAUUCUUUUUUCCGUACCAUUUGCCAAGGUCCAGAGCUCCACGCUCGCUCUCUCCACUUUUUUCUUCUUUCGGGCGAAACUUUCCGUGAAAUUUCUCGUCCUUUGAUGACACUUUUUUAGGUGAUUUCUCUCCGUUUCAAGCACAAGCAGCUUCUCUGUCACGCUUCUUCCUUCUCUCUGUGUCUUUCUCUCUUUCUCUCUUUUUCUCUCUCUUUAUUCUCUUCACCUCGUGUGCUCUGCGAGAAUCUCCCUUUUUUUUCCUUUCUUCUUCUUCAGCAGCCUCUAUUUUUAGCUCCCGUCACUCAUCUCGCUUUCAAUGCGAAUCAGCUGCUGGAAGACUCUCACAUUCUAAUUUGCUUUGUUACUUGAAACUAUGAAUCCGGCUGUUAAGUACACGCAGCACCGCAGCCACACGAAGAUGGUGGCGAAUUCGGCAGCUGAGUUUGAGUCGGUGAGGCCCAGAGUUGUACGGAUAUGGGUCACCGACGGAGAUGCCACCGACUCAUCCAGCGACGACGAACCCCCCGAGUCGUCGUUCUGCGGGCGCCGCCGAGUCAAGAGGUUCAUCAACGAGAUUACUAUCGAGUCCUGCUCCAGAGAGACUGACGCUGUUUGGAGGAGCCGGACGACGAGGACCGGACGGAAGAGAGCCUCCCCGAAGUCCGGAGGGCCGGCGAGUGGUCGUACGUUAAAGGCGGUAGCUGCUGCUCCCGCCGGGAAGAAGUUCCGAGGCGUGAGGCAGAGGCCCUGGGGAAAAUGGGCUGCGGAGAUUAGAGAUCCUCUGCGACGUGUACGGCUCUGGUUGGGCACUUACGACACGGCGGAGGAAGCCGCCAUGGUGUACGACAACGCCGCUAUUCAGCUUCGUGGGCCUGACGCGCUCACCAACUUCGCUGCUCCUCCGGCGAAGUCCUUGCCAGACGUGAAGCCGGUUAUUAGCUCCUGCUACAAUUCCGGCGACGAGUCUCACAACAAUCUUUGCUCCCCGACCUCCGUGUUGCGGUGUCCAUCACCUUCGAACGAAGAAGCCGACUCGCCGAGUUUCAAAGAGGAGGUUCCGGACAUCGCCGAAUUCCGAAAUGUCCGGGACGACUCUUGUGUAUCGGAGAACUUCUCCGAGUUUUCGGAAUACACGAGUUUCGAAUCGUUUAUUCCGGACGACAUUUUUGAUUUUCAGACACCUGACUUCUUGGAAGAAACGAGUCUACGAGACGUUGGUAUUUUGAAAGAAGAUUUCGGCGAUUUAGGAAAUUUCGGCAACAUUUUUGUUGAUUCAGUUCGGGAUUUCGGGUUCGGUUCCUCUGCGUGGUGCCUGGAUGACCACUUCCAGGACAUCGGCGAUCUUUUCAGUUCGGAUCCUCUGGUUGCGCUUUAGGACGAGUUCGUUUAGGUGACAAAUGACAGUUCGACGUCGUUCCGGUGACAAAGGACAGUUCGAAGUCGUUCCGGUGACAAAGGACCGUUCCCGUUCGUGUUUUGCCUGUUUGACGGCGAGUUUUGUAUCGGCGGGAAAGAAAAUCGGAAUGUGUUUUUUUCUAUUUUUAAUUUAAUUUAAUUUAAUUAAAAAUUUUUUUUAUUAUCAGUUUUGGUUGUAAUUGUUUAUUUAUUAACGUUGAAUGAACAAGAGUUUUGCUACGGUAC